AAUACAGUUGGGGACAGCGGACGCGCGAGGAGGAUAAAGGGGGAAUUUUUCUCACAUUUACUUCACAGAAAUUAACAAAGUUCACUCUUUUUCCUUGUCAAAAUCUGUCGGGGUUAGGGUUUCUCCCCGUCGCCCGUGAUUAAACUUGGAAGCUCGUGUGGCCUUGGCGAGGUUUCUUCGAAUUGCUCGGUGUCUGGCCUUUUGCUUUAGGUUUUGCCCAUUUUGAAGAGCUCGUGGGCUGAAAGAUUGUGAUGAUGGAGGAGAAUAGAAGGAAUCAAGGGUUGGAAGAACUAUGCGGAUCCGAUCUUGCUUCGUCUUUUCCGGUGAAUAUGACUAUGUCAGCGGAAGUUAAGCCGAUAUUGGCUGCGAAGAAGAGAUGCCCGAAAAUUUUAAGUCUUGAUGAGGAGGAGUUCAUGAGCUUGUUGCAUGGCUCAGAUCCUGUAAAGAUAGAGCUCAAUCGCUUGGAAAAUGAAGUAAAAGACAAAGAUCGGGAGCUGGCUGAUGCCAAUGGUGAGAUUAAGAGCCUAAGAUUGAUAGAGCGAGCAAAAGAUAAGGCUCUUGCUGAGGUUACUGAAGAACUUGAGAAAAUGUCAGGCAAGUUGCAGGCUUCAGAAGCAGCUCUUGAAGACAAGAACCUAGAAAUCAAGCGACUUACUGAUGAGAAGAAAGAAGCACUCUCAGCACAGUUUGCUGCUGAGGCGACUUUGCGCCGAGUUCAUGCUGCCCAAAAGGAUGAGGAAUUGCCUCCUUUAGAGGCUAUUCUUUCCCCACUUGAAGCAGAGAUUAAGUUUCUACGACAAGAGUUGACAAAGGUGCAGGAUGAUAAUAAGGCCUUAGAGAGAUUAACAAAAUCUAAGGAAGUGGCUUUGCUGGAAGCUGGAAGAGAGGUGCAGCUUGCAAAUGUAAAGGCUGCUCUAGUUGAUGAUUUACUGAAUAAAAAUCAAGAACUCACAAAGCAGAACGAUAUAUGCCAGGAAGAAUAUAAAAUACUUGAUAGAAUGCACCGGCAGAAGAUUGCAGAGGUUGAGAAGCUUGGCCAGACUAUCCAUGAACUGGAGGAAGCUCUUCUCUCAGGGGCUGCAGCAGCAAAUGCUGUGCGCGACUAUCAACGCCAAGUUAAUGAAUUGAAGGGGGAAAAGAAAACUCUUGAAAGGACAUUAUCUCGUGUGAUGGUUACAGAGAAUAGAGUUGCUGCAGCUAUUGCUACUGAAUGGAAAGAUGCUAAUGACAAAGUUAUUCCCGCAAAGCAAUGGAUCGAAGAACGGCGCAUCUUAAUGGGAGAAAUGCAACAACUUCGUGACAAGCUAGCAAUAGCGGAGCGCGCUGCUAAAGCAGAAGCUCAGCUGAAAGAGAGAUUCCAGUUGCGUUUGAAAGUAUUUGAGGAUGGACUAAAAUGCUCUCUUAGAUCUGGCAUUCGUUGUGAACCAAGAAAUACUCACAAUGGAUUGAUGAGGAGCCUCUCAGAGAUUGGAACUGAUACUUCUGCUGGUCCUUUAACAAAUGGGACUUCAAUGCGAAAAUCAUUUCCUGUUGUAAAAUCAAUGUCAUUAUCUAGCCCCACCAGUGCAAUCCUUAAACACGCAAAGGGAACAUCUAAGUCAUUUGAUGGAGGUAGAUCAACAGAAUAUGAUAACUGCAGAACUAAAACUUGUGGAGGUGCAUGCAGUAUAAACUCCUUGAGAGAGGAGAGAGAUAUUUUAUUACUUGAUGAGAAAUCUCCUGAUGCAAAUAAGGAGCUUUUUAUUGGAAGAUCAUCAAUUCCUACAGCUUCUAUGGGAGAGGACUUCGUUUCAGGAGUUCUUUAUGACAUUCUACAAAAGGAGGUGGUUUGCUUAAGAAAUGCUUGUCAUGAGAAGGACCAGUACUUGAAAGACAAGGAUAAUUCUAUAGAGUCUCUGUCAAAGAAAGUUGAUACACUGCACAAGGCAAUGGAGGUAGAAACAAGGAAAUUACGCAGGGAAAAAACUGCUAUGGAGAAAGAGGUUGCCUCUAUGCGGAUUGAAAUAGAGCAAGAGAAAAAGGCUAGGCGCUUGAAGGGAAUGGUUGCUAAUCUUCAGAUCUAAAGGAACCUGCCAUUGAUGUCAAAUACAAAAUACUAGAAGCCAUCAUGUCCCCCUCUACAUCUUGUGAGGAAAACGAUUCCAUAUAUUUUUGUACUUAUUGCUUUCCAGCGUUUGCACCUUUGAUCUGAAAGCAGAACAAGCCUAGUUUUCAACCGGUUCUUUGAAGCUUUUGGAUUGCUAGAUCCAUUCUUAAUGAAGUACAGUGUUUGUACAUAAAUAUUAAUUUCAGCAUCUGAAGUAAUAUUUCAAUCUUUAAAUUAUAAUAUCGAGCUUUGUAACGAUGUGAUUAAUUCAUAUAUAAGUUUCAGAAUGCAAGGUUGCAAGAGAAUGUUCAUUAA